AUGAAAAACGAGGUCGAGCAGAAGGCAUUUAUCCGCAACCAAAUCAGCAAACUGAAAACAAAUGAAGAGAGCGAGACAUCGAAACCCACGGCGACUGACGACAAGAAAUCGGAUUGGGAUAGCCUUGAGAAGAGACUCUGCAAGAAGAUCGAUAACUUUUUUGCGCUUCUCGAGGACCGCAUCGAGAAAGAGUUCCAACUCCUUCAACAUCUCAUGAUGGCCAACUAG